CAAGCAUGUGAGAAUCAAGAGCAACAGAACGCGAAGGGGAGAGCAAAAGAGAGCACCAAAGACUCACAGAGGACUAAAGGAUUAUUAGAAAUGUGAGCAAACAGACGAGGGGACAAUCAAGGGACUAGAAAAGACGAGGAAAACAUCAAAUGCUCCGUCAACUCAUCAUCUGUGGGUCAUUGAUCAGAAACUGGGAAAAACCUUGACAACUGCAAGUUAUUGAACUCCCGAGGGGAACAUGAAUGAAGUGGCAUGGGUCCAGAGUGGCUAUUCAGUACCGUGCUAAUACCUUCCAGGAGACUACCACUUUCCUGACCCCACUUUCGAUUGGAUGGAAUCUGGCUGACUCUGACUGAUGUCCCUGCCUGCCCCCUCCCCCUUCAGCUCCUCGGGGGGCUGAGGCAACCUGCCGAGGAGCAUGGGCCGCAGGGUGGCCGAUCCGACAAAUCCUGUUCCUGCACUAGGGGUUCCCCUGGCAGGAGGACGAUGGGGACCACUGUGCAGUGUUGGAGUGCAGACAUCUCCUGGAUUGCGGACUCUCUCUUUCAUCAAAUGGCACGUCAGCCAAGCGGCCAACCCACAGCGAGCCCUCACCAUGGCAACAAAUGCAAUGGAGACAGCAGGAGUUGUCAGCAGUGAGAACAAAAGUUUGCCUCUGUCCAAGGAGACGUCGCAGAUCGAAAUCAACAACCAGACACAGGAUGACAUGGGGUCACAUGGGUCGGGCAGUGGUGUUUACUGCCAGAUAAAAAUGAUCCAGGCAAAUCCAACAGAUGCAAAAAGAAAAAGGACAUCAAAGUACACCAAUGGCAGCGUGGUGGGUUCUGAAAUGUUGGGAGGCGUCUGCACCGAGGCCCCAGAAGACAAAGAGCAGAGCCAAGAAAAAAGAAGGGUGCAGUCUCUCCGUGGGGAGCAACAUCGUUUUGUUUCAAAGACUGGUGGCAUUUGCACGACCGUUCACGCCAGCCCGCCUCGGCCCUGUCGGAUGGCGACGACCUCCUCGCCCCAGCUGUGUGGAACAUGUGGGAGGAAACGGUCACAGCUUACCCACUGCACAGGCGCAUGCCGCAGAAGGGCUGCACCUCAAAUAUCAUCCAGCCAGACUUUACCGCACCCCGCAUGGAAGCAGGGUGCAGUGCAGAACCACACAAGAAAGGAAUCGGCUUUGGAUGUGAAAACCCAAGAUGCAUCAGUGAAAACCAGUAAAAUCCCACAGUUGUCACACACAAUGCCAAAAUCAAACAGUUCACACUCUAGCAAUGCAGCACAAACUCAGAAAAAAACAAAUGCUCAUCAGACAAGGCCACAUUCUGCAGAGUUUACAUACUGCAAGGACACAGCCACACAAACAGCUGACACACACGGUGGCAGGACUGCACCACAAGCGCCACUAACAAACUGUCCCACUAAAACAGAGGUAACAGAACCACUUUUAUCAGACAAAAACAAGCAUAACAGAAGUCAGAAAACAAAUUUAGGCUCCACACCAAGAGAGCCUUCUGGUCAAACAUGUAUAAAAUAUAGCACCCCUCCAGCUCUCUCUGCAAAAAAAUCCCCCAAAUCUACUGUCCCCAAACCAUCAGGCCUCAUAGAUCCCAAUAAAAACAUACAACAGGCAAUUAACAGUCCCAAACCAAACUCCUCCAAAGAGACUAAACUGAAGAACUACACAAAACAGAAGAGCAAAUCUUUAGACAAUCACACUCAGUCUUGCAAGACGCACAAAACAGUGCAAUGUAACGGAGCUCCAGCGGGAAUACUGGCUGGGAGUGCUCCUCGCGGCCUGGAAAGCAAGUUACAGAGUGUGGAGGAGAACCUUGUGUCCAAUCAAGAGAAGAUCAAAGUCCUCCUAAAUGUCAUCCUAGACCUGGAGAAAAGCAAGGCCCUCAGCGAAGGCCGAAGCUCAUACAGAACAGGUCAGGACAUUAACAACUGUCCCACCUGCCAAAAGACAGCCUGCAUCAUCUACAGUGUGGAGCAUGAUUUCCGCCAGCAGGAAGGACGCUUUCAGGGAGUAAUGGAGUCCCUAGAGGGAGAGUACGAUGUGCCUGCACCUCUUCUGACCAAAGCUGCAGUGGCCACUUCCCAGGCCAGCCGGUCCAGCGCCAAGGCUCGUGUCAAGAAACUCCGCAAGAAGUGUUUCUGGUGGCUCUGAUAGUAGCACAGCAGCCUCAGCAGGGAUAUAAGUGUGGUCCGGUCCAGAAUGUUCCACUGCAAGGGAAUUUUACUGCGGUACUGUGGAUUUGGAAACUAACUGGUAAUGGUACAAAGAUAUGAAAGUUCAAAGGAGCUGCUAAAUUUCCAAUGUACUGUAUAGCAGGCCGAUUCAUUAAUUUUAAUUUUGUGGUCCAAGUGCGGUGCCUGUCUUCCCAUUACAUAGUCUGAAGCAAACAGAUGGAACAUUAACGCUCAAGAUUGUUUGCCACUUGGCAAAGUGUUUGUCCCGGAUGAUACAUCAAAUGGAUUUAUGGCUGAAUGGAUUCAUUCAUAUACGUACGGAAAUGAAUCACAAUGUAGCCAUUUGGCUUAAUUACAAUGGGAAAAAUUG